UGGAGAACAGUGGCUUGCUGUGCUGUGGUGAGGCUUUGUGUUCGCUUUGUGUUCUCCUUAAGGAGAACCGGUGUGCGAAUAGCUUUGGGUUUUGUGAGGACUGUGGUUUGGGUUUGAUUAUCAGGGAGCUGUUGCGGCAGAGGAGGGGGAUGGACAGAUCUGUGACUGCACACAAACACCAAAAUAGGACAGGAGCCUCCUGCAGGAGCUAUAUCGAGGCUGGAGUGUUUUUGCAGAGAAGAGCUUUGUGAGGGUCUACGGAACAACACUGGACAUUUAUGACAAUUCAUGAAAGAUAUCAUGUCAAAUAAGCAAACUGACAUCUACACAUAUAACUACUGUGAUACUGACUAUCCAACUAAGCUCCUGGAUGCCCUCAAGCAGUUAUACAUUAGCGGCAUGUUUACUGAUGUCACUCUGCAAUGUGCCGAUUCUCAGCAGGUGUUUCACUGUCAUAAAUUGCUGCUCUCCGCUCGCAGCUCCUAUUUUGAAGUCAUGUUCACAGCCGAUAUGAGGGAGAGGUCAGACAGCACCAUCACCCUGACCGGGAUUGACGCUGCCAUUCUGGGUGCUUUGGUGAACUAUGUCUACACUGCACAGGUGUGCAUCACGGAGAGCAACGUGCAGAGCCUGUUGGAGGCUGCAGACCUCCUCCAGUUCAACUCUGUCAAACAAGCAUGUGAGGAGUUUCUCAUCCGCCUCUUGGAUGCGGAUAAUUGCCUGGGUAUGCACGCUUUUGCUCAGCUGCACGCCUGCCCCAGCCUGGAGAGGGAGGCCCGGAGGGUCACCUUGAGCAGGUUUACAGAGCUCAUUGAGCAAGAGGAGUUCCUAGAGUUGGACCAUGAUAGGAUGAAAUCCCUGAUGGCUGCACAGAGCCUCAGCAUGCACAGGGAUGAAGUGCUGAUAGAUGCUGUGGACAAAUGGGUAACUUAUGACUUGGAUAACCGUCUUCAGCACGCUGCAGACCUGCUGCAUUCCACUUAUUUUAAUCUGGAUGAUGCUUACUUCAAAGCUGCUCUGGAGGUACACAGGAAAUGCUUGCAUAGCAGGACAGGGAAAGUUAAGUCACUGAUCAUUCAGUCAAUAAAGACCAGCUGCAAGGACAAACCAGCAAAUCGAAAUACAUCAAGCAUGUAUAUAAUUGGCGGCUACUACUGGCACCCCCUUUGUGAAGUGCACAUAUGGGAUCCUGUCACCAACUCAUGGCUGCAAGGAAAAGACAUGCCUGACCACGCAAGAGAAAGCUACAGCGUCACUUUACUCGGGGCAAAUAUCUACGUCACUGGAGGUUAUAGGACCAACACUGUUGAGGCUGUGGACACGGUUUCCAUUUAUAACUGUGACUUUGAUGAAUGGACAGAAGGCUGCCCCAUGAUAACAGCUCGGUAUUACCACUGCUCUGUGGCGCUGCAUGGAUGCAUUUAUGCCAUCGGAGGAUACAGAGGAGGAGCUCCGGAGCAAGAGACAGAAUUUUAUGAUCCGUUGAAAAAGAAAUGGUAUCCUGUGGCCAAAUUGAUCCAAGGUGUAGGAAAUGCCACUGCUUGUGUGGCAGGAGAUAAAAUCUACGUGACUGGAGGCCACUAUGGGUACAGAGGAAGCUGCACUUAUGAAAAAGUCCAGGUUUACAAGGCAGAUGUCAAUGAGUGGACAAUCAUUACAAUAAGUCCUCAUCCAGAGUAUGGUCUGUGUUCUGUGUCUCUGGAGAACAAACUGUAUUUGGUGGGUGGACAGACGACUAUCGCGGACUGCUACGAGACCGACAAAGAUGAAUGGAGGCAAAUAUCGGUGAUGAAGGAGAGGAGGAUGGAGUGUGGGGCGGCGGUGAUCAAUGGCUGUAUUUAUGUAACAGGAGGCUAUUCGUACUCCAGAGGGACUUAUCUCCAAAGUAUUGAGAAAUAUGACCCUGAAGUGGACUCUUGGGAGAUUGUGGGGACUCUUCCCAGCCCGUCCAGAUCUCAUGGAUGUGUUUGUGUUUACAGUGUUUAGUAUCUAGCUGUUCCCUCAAAUGAUUCUCAUUCUGUGCAAUGUAGACCAAAUGCUUCAAUACUUAAAAAAAAAAAAAAACUACAAUAAUACUGAUGUUGAUCCUUGCAAAACCAACUCAUGGUUUGCACUGCAAGAGCAUUUUCCAAGAAAAUGUUACACUCAGGGCUCUAUUGAUUGUCAGUUUUAUUUAUUAUUUUUUGGUUUGAUUAAAUUGCAAAAACAGAAUUUGGUCAAAAAGACUAAAAUUAAAUCAGAUCAGCCAUUCCCAAAUUUAAAAACUACAUUAUAUUAGAUUAGAUCAACCAACUUUAAGAACUCCACAGCCCACUUUGAAACCUGAUCAUCUGUUAAAAUUUGUUAAAACCUACAUUAGCUAAAUUAAGAACAUGUAAUUUUCAUUCCUGGGCUUUAUUACUUCUGAUUAUAUUUUUAAAUGACUGAAAAUCUUUUUGUAAUAACUUUUAUUACAAAACUGAACAUGAAAGACUUUUUC